AUGGCUGCCAUAGAAGCAACCAAUCCCGAGUUUCCUUACACUCUCACUAUAUCCCUCCCCCUACCUACCAAUCGUCUUGCGUCGUGCGCUCUACGCGCUCUGGAAGUUGACGCUGAACUAUCCCCGUUUGUGCGACGGACUUUUGUCCUCGAGGCUCCGGCUGUGGAAUCCCCAUCAGAGCCGCAAGAGAAGAAGCAAAAACACGAUCCCGAGGAGACCAAAACCGUACUGAAGACUACCUACUAUGCGACGACCAACCGGAUGCUACGUGUUUCUGUCAAUGGGUUCAUGGAGAGUCUGGGUACUGUACUUGGUGUUAUGACGGAGUUGGAUGUCGAUGUGCUGAAAUCUGAGAUGGAGGGUUGA